UUUUCCUCCAUCUGACAGAAUAAAACCAGACAACUGACAAGAGAUGACGGAACCAAGCCAUGGACUGGCUCGAGUUUUAUCGAGCCAGGGAUUCGAUCCAGACAACUUUGUCAGCAAGUUAUCCCAGAGUGGGGAGGAGGAACUACUUACUAUGAAACAGAAAGUUCAAAUCCUGGCGGAUGAGACGGCCCACUCACUGAAAAAGAAUGUCUACAAAAACUACUCCCAGUUUAUUGAGACAGCCAAAGAAAUCUCAAUUUUGGAGGGAGAAAUGUACCAGCUGAGUCACAUGUUGACAGAACAGAAGAGUCUUAUGUCCUCCAUGAUGGAAAUGUCCUUGGUCAGUGACAGAGCCAUUGUAGAGGAACCAACAGCUAAGGAAGAAGAUGAGAACCCAGAGGAAGAAACACGAAAGAACCUGGCCUUUCUCCUGGAAAAAGUGGAGGGCUGUUCGAGUGUGACAGAGGUUCCUGGCCGACAGCUGAUACACAAUGGAGACCUGGUGGAGCUUGAUCCCGAGUCCCUGUCUGCCGUCCAGAAAGUUCACUGUUUCCUCCUCAACGACAGUCUGAUGAUAGCAUCCUGGCUCCCUAACAGGCGGGGACCGGUGCGAUACAGAUUCCAGGGUCUGUAUGAACUUGAUAGUCUAGCCGUUGUCAAUGUCCGUGACGCUGGACCCAAUAAAAAUGCCUUCAAGAUCCUGAUGUUUCCAGACUCCAAGAUGUAUCAGGCAGACAGCUCCAAGUCCAAGAGGCAGUGGUUAGACAUUCUAGAAGAAUCCAAAAAGAAGAAAGCUGCUCGAGACAAACAGAAGAAAGAAGCCAUGUUACAGGAGCAGCAAGCUCAGGCAGCUGUCAGUGCAGCAGUGGAGGAGAAGAACCCCUUCUUUGAGGAAGACGACAGCGAGUCACAAUCUGCCAUUGAAGCGGAUUAUCUGAGCGCAGAAUGGCUCCAAGAGCUGCCCGAGGACUUGGAUAUGUGUAUUGCCCAGAGGGACUUUGAAGGAGCUGUAGAUCUGGUUGAAAGAGUUAAUCACUAUCUAGCCACAUGUCCCAAAGCUCCAGCCAUUAAAGAAUUUAGAUCAAGAAUAGAGCACCGGGUGAAGCAGCUGACAGAGGGACUCAUGAGUGAGCUGCAGGUCUCGCCCGAGAGGUCACUACGUGGAGGACCCCGGGCAGCCCGGAGGGCCGUGGCACAGUUAAUCAGGCUUGGCAAAUCAGCCCAGGCUUGUGACCUCUUUCUGAAAAAUAGAAGUGCAAUAAUCAAGUACAACAUACGACAGCUGAAGUUUGAGGGGGCGACAUCCUUGUACAUCCGCCGUCUGUGUGGGGUGUUCUUCCCAAGUCUAAUGGAGACAGGAAGGGAGUUCCUUAAGGCAUUCCAAGAACACUAUGGCUGCAUGUCAGCAUUUGUUGUGUGGGCCCAAAAUGAACUGCAGUCGUUUGUGGAGACAUUUAGACGACAAGUUUUCGGAGGGAAAUCUAACUUAACAGUGAUGGCAGAUUGUGUCUGCAUCGUGAGGCAGAGUUGUAAAGAGCUUCAGAUGAUUGGUCUGGAUCUUUCUUUCUGUUUUGAAAAUAUGAUCAGUGCUGAUGUUGAAAAGGCAGUGACAGACAAUAAAGAACAAAUCAUAGAAGGAAUCAAAUUUAGAGGAGCGGAAGACAAAUGGAGACCAAUGAACCACAUGAGUGAGAAGGACUGUCACAAGUUUGUGGAGGAAGUAUCGGCUGUAGGACUGGACUUAAAACCUUAUGUCUAUGAUGACUGCUUCAUAUCCCUGACUGUGAACACAGUGAACUUCUGUAAGGCUUGUCUGAGUCUUUCCAGGGAUCUAAUGACCAUGUACACAUCAGAACAGGAAUCUCUCCUCACGUCAGCUAUGUCAGAAAUAUUCCAGGAACAACUUAACCACAUCAGAACAUCACUACAAUCUCCAGAUUUUAACAAAGAGCAUGAUUUCAUUGUGAAAAACGCCCAAUUUAUAGAGGACAUUAUGAUGAAAAAGAUAGAAACCCACUACAAGAGCAAGGGCCUGGCCUUUCCUAAAGACUUAGAGGCGAUAUCUGGGGAAUUCAGAAAAGUCAAAUGACAGUGAUUUAUUCCUUCCUAUAGUCAUUCCACCUGAGGAUCAGUCGACGAACUUUUGAUAACCCAGUUAUGUCACACUGGAAACAUUAUUUUUGAUAUCUGCUGAAUGUGCAAUUCUAUCUGCUUGUGAAUAAAAUAUUACCAUUUGUC